ACACGGCGUACGAAUGCGAGGGUAAGACGCUGCGGAUAGAAUGUGCCGAAGGCGAGCUGAUCCACCUGAUAAGAGCGAAUUACGGAAGAUUUUCGAUAACAAUAUGCAACGAGCACGGUAACACAGACUGGAGUGUCAACUGUAUGUCGCCUAAGUCAUUCCGUGUUUUGUACAACAAGUGCAAUCAGCAACAGAAUUGCAGCAUCAUCGCCUCGACGUCACAAUUCGGAGAUCCGUGUCCGAAUACGCUCAAAUAUCUCGAAGCGCAUUAUCAAUGCGUGUCUGCUGCUACUACGACCAUGACGUCACGUCCUAGUCCACCCUGGUUGAUAACUUCUCAACCUAGCGUAUGGACCACGGCUAAACCGACAGUUAGGCCACCUUCUAGAAUAACCACUGCACCAGCUCCUCCAGCGCCUCCAGCGCCAUCUACACCGACGCCACCUAUAACCACGACGCCAAGUUCGACGAUAUCUACGACAAGUACGACCACACCUAAACAGAAUGUUGAUGAAUUCGUUGAACAAGCUAACGAGGAACAGAUGAACGGACAUGGACCACCGCUUCCUCCUCUUGUGCCAGAAACUACUCAGACGACGACGACCUCGUCGUUCGUGCCUUGGAGAACCAGUCGCAGAACCACGGUACCCAGUACUCUUUACACAGAGUCGAGCUCCAAUGGCCAAUGGUACGAUUACGGAAGACAAGUAUGUCCUCAAGUAGCUGCCAGGAACCUCUUCUGGAAUACAACUAGGGCUGGUAACGUUGCAGUUCAAAGUUGUCCAGGUGGUGCAAACGGUUUGGCGCGUUGGAGAUGCGUUGCCCGUGGAGAUUCGGCCGUCUGGUACAGAGAGACUCCAGACCUGAGCGAAUGUCGGUCGGUCUGGUUAACGUCCUUGGAGAACAGGGUGAUCGAUGGCGACGUAAUCCUUGGGAUCAGCAGUGAUCUAUCUCAGGUGACAAACAACAGCCGAGUCCUGUACGGCGGCGAUAUGAUGAUCACAACGAAGAUCAUCAAGAACAUGGCUGAGAAAAUGGCACAAGACAUCAGGACGUACGAGGAUCGCAGGCAACGAGAAGUCAGCGUGACGGAAUUACUGCAGGGAGUAGUCAGGACCGGAAGUAACUUGCUGGACAAGGCACAGAUGGCAUCCUGGAAGGAUCUAAGUCAUCAGGAACAAAUGAGAGUCGCCACGUCUCUUCUGAUAGGCCUGGAGGAAAAUGCAUUCCUCCUGGCAGACACCCUGAGCCACGAAAGAACAAUAGUUCACAAAGGAAAGAACAUACUGAUGGAGGUUCGCGUCCUAGAAACUCGCAAUAUCGACAACGACCUGGAAGUCUUCCCUACAGAAGCAGCCCGUGAAAGCUGGGCUGCCUCGAACGACCGUGUAGAACUGACCCGGGGUGCACUUCUCGGGAAUAGCGAAGGCGGAAUCGUACGAUUGGUCUUCAUGGCCUUCGACAGACUGGAAGAAAUCCUACAGCCCCAGGCUGAAGUCCCGUCCGUAGUAAUGAACGACGAUCCUCAGCCAAGUCCAAAGAAAAAUACAAGCAGGAUAUUGAACAGCAAAGUGAUCUCGGCGUCUCUGGGAAAGGGCAGACACAUACAGUUAUCCGAACCUGUCAGAUUGUACUUCAAGCAUCUCAGUGUGGAGAAUGUCACGAAUCCAACCUGUGUCUUCUGGGACUACGUCAUGAGUGCUUGGUCUGAGGAAGGAUGUCAUAUACGUAUCACCAACAAUACACAUACUGUAUGCGAGUGCAAUCACCUUACAAACUUUGCCGUCCUGAUGGACGUUCACGCUAUAAAACUGGACAUAGCCCAUCAGGUCGCCUUGCAGAUUAUCACUUACAUCGGCUGUAUCGUAUCCGUCAUUUGUCUCGUACUGGCUAUUCUCACGUUCCAACUAUUCAGAGGACUCAAGUCCGACCGCACCACCAUCCACAAGAACCUCUGCGUCUGCCUGCUAAUUGCCGAAGUCUUAUUCGUAUGUGGAAUCGGACAAACCAAUCAGAGGAUAGUAUGCGGGGUUGUAGCUGGACUUUUACAUUUCUUCUUCCUCUGCGCCUUCGCCUGGAUGUUCCUCGAAGGAUUCCAAUUGUACGUAAUGCUGAUCGAGGUAUUCGAGGCUGAAAAAUCCAGGCUACGGUGGUACUACUUGAUAGCCUAUGGGGCACCUUUGUUGGUUGUUGCUAUUUCUUGCAUAAUCGAUCCACUCAGUUAUGGAACUGAUCGCUACUGUUGGCUACGAGCUGACAAUUAUUUCAUCUUUAGCUUCGUGGGACCCGUGAUACUUGUCAUUUUGGCAAACUUGGUGUUCCUGUCAAUGGCUAUCUACAUGAUGUGUCGACAUGCGAAUACUACAGUCUCAAUGAAAAGCAAGGAACAUUCACGACUAGCUAGUGCAAGUGGAAAGGAAGAGAAUGCUCUUCCCAACAAAUUGCAAGCGCACUUGGCCUGGUUACGCGGUGCGAUCGUUCUCGUAUUUCUUCUGGGACUUACGUGGACAUUCGGGCUACUCUACCUGAAUCAAGAAUCUGUCGUGAUGGCGUACAUCUUCACUGUAUUAAAUAGUCUUCAGGGCCUGUUUAUCUUUGUGUUCCAUUGCGUUCAGAAUGAGAAGGUUCGAAAGGAAUACCGGAAGUUCAUACGACGUCACUCCUGGCUACCAAAGUGUCUGAGGUGCUCGAAAACCGUGAGCGGAAGUUCCGGCGGUACGUCCGGUACCAGCGGAGCCGCGGCCGGUGCCAACGGCGGCAAGGACUUCACUUCCCACAACACGUCCUCGAAUCCGUCGGCGCCGACGACGGACAGCUCGGGAUUGUCGCCGCACGCUGCCACCAAUUACUUGGUGUCCGGGCGAGGUUGGGCGACUACCGAUAAGCAGCCGGCAGUGCCGGCCACAGCAGUCGCUAUGCCCCGUGAAUCCUCUUCAUCAGAGGCGCAUAUCGUGGCAACGCUGCCUCACGCCCGCCAUGCCUUCCCCUCAGCUCCCAAUAUCCCCAAAUCUGCCACUGCCACUUGGGGGCCCCUUAACAAAAACCUCAUGUGGAAGAACAUUUCUUUUAAGUCGUACUCGCGUGACUCCGGACACGGCGGAUCGGAGCAGGAGGAUUCUCCAAGGACCCACAGCACCAUGACCCUGGGACACGGACGCACCCGGGAACGCAGGAUCGUCGGAGUCGGUGAGGUCGCGGACAUGAUCGGCGGCGGUACCAGGUCAGGACGCAGAGCAGCAUCCCCGUACAAUCACACGUAUACGGAAAUACGGGAUGGACGUGGCGGAGGACAUCAUCAGAUCCAUGGUCAGCAUCAUCAUGGACAGCACAUACAUCUUCCUCGAGGACUCGUCCCUGAGGAUGAUCCCGUUUAUGAGGAGAUAGAACGUGGUGGAGUCGGUGAGAUCCAAGUGUCCGACAUGUCCGACGAGGAUGGUAGAAGACAGGGCGACAUGAGUCGACAGUCCUCACGUAGUUAUGGCGAUCAUCGACCACUCAUACCUUACUCUCCGGCGAAUGAUCGUAAUCUCGUUCAUUAUGGUCAGAGUGUAGAGCGGAAUCCUGUACAUUAUACACCCUCGGAGUACAGUCCGGCCCAGGAACGCACUUUGAACGCCUGCUGGGAGAAACUUGCCAGGAGACAGCAGGCUAGGUACGAGCUCGGUGAAUUGUCACGAUUGCCAGCAACUUACGGGAUGCCAGGACCCCAGCAACAGGAUCACAGUAGAACGGUUGCUGUUCUCGAUGGGCAUACGGUAGUCUGUCACCUGCAACCUCAGACGGAUAUGUACACAGGGCGUGGUGUGCCGCCACCUUCCUACAGCGAGUGUUAGGUGCUCGCCUUCCUGCUUACCGACCGAGCCCACCACCCUUUUUUCCUACCCGCGUAAUAAGCUCAAGAUGUGUAACCCAAUAAAGGGAAGCGAAUGAGAGUGAAAGUAAGAGUGAAUGAGUGAAAGAGAGUGAAAGUGAAAGAACGAGAUUGUAAAGUGCGAAAGAGAUAAAGACGGUCGUACCGAACGAUGGGCGUUGUGGCCGUUUAUAAAGGAUUAUUUUUCUGCGUCGAUACGAUACGUGCGGACGGAGUCAGUUAGCCAGGACACGAACCUAUUAACAGCAGGGUUACCGAUCGGUUCUGUGAAUUUGAGCAAAGUGCAACGACGUCGAGAUACUGAAUGCUCUCCAUAAACUUCAAUCAAUGCGUAUGGUUAUUGUGUGUCUGUGAUGCGAACACGAAACUUGUAUGAUAAUGUCGCCCUAGGGACAUCCUAAGUACAUUGCUCGAGACUCGGCCGACCGUGUAUUAUAGGAAUUGACUGGAGGCAGAACGAAAGUGGACAAAUCAUUAAUUACAAAUCGGUAUAUCAAUCUGAACCGAAACACAGUUAAUCACGUGACACGAUAAUCUGGCCUAUCUUUCAUGGCGACCGUUACGAGUAACGACGACUUUUCUUUGGAUUUUGAACAUCAGCUGUUCAAAUAACCAAAAAAUAGUAGCCAUCUGUCAUGGCUGCAAAAUCUACUUUUGACAGUAUACAUUCUGAAUAUACUUUUAAGGGGAAUAUAGGAAAUGAAGAAAAGUCGUGCUAUCCGAAGCCCGAAAGAUCGAUCAUCCAUACGGCCGUGUAUUCUAGUUGGAAUAAAAGCGUCGAGGUCGAAGUUAAGGAUAUGGCGUCGGGACGCCAGGGACGUCAUACCUUGCGGAAAUAUCGUUUGAAAUAUUUUUUUAAUAAUUUCGACGGUUUUUUCAUGACUGAAUAAUCGGCAAAUUACAGAUUGUCGCGACGCUAUGAUCUCAACUGUCGACUUGGAUGUUUUUUUUCCGUAAAAAUUGCUUUGGCACGUUACGUUCUUGUCCCAGAAUAUUAUUUUUAUAAAUAUAUAUAAAUAUAAAUAUAUAUAUAUGUAUGUAUACAGUAAUGAUAAUGCUAACGGGAAAUGUUAGUAAGAGACGUACGAUAAUAGAAGAUUUUCCGAGUGAAAAGGAAAACAAAACUUAGUCACUGUUUUUUACUAUUUUUUUAAAACGAUAUCGUAAUCGUGUUUAAUCCGUAUUUACGGAAUCCUGCGCGCUAUUUAUUUUCUAUCACUCGUCAACGUAAAAUGUGAGAAUUGAUCGAUGAGACCGACGUUAGAGCGUCGCGCCGUGUGUUCUGAUCGAUGAGCGUCGCAUUAUGCGACUUAAUAUAUUUUUUUUUUUUUCAUUCACCAGAAGGAAGGUGACAUUCUUAUGCGCCGGAUACCAUCCAACCAUAAUCAUCAUAAAUUCAUGAUGAAAGUGACGUUGACCCUGAGGACUGUCAGCCACUAAAAAUUAUGGCAGGAUCAAUAUUCUGUGUGACAAUCACAAACGAAACAAGAAUUUUACGUCUUUGCAUAACGACAAGAAUUCUUGUUUUAUUUCCACAAAGAAAAAAUAGAAACGCUGUCUCCGGCAGAUACAAAAUAAGAUACGUAAUCAAUUAUUCUUCGUUGUCCCUUUGCAAAUUUGUCGAACGACAUAUAGACAUUCUUGUAUAAAAUUUUUCAAAAUUUCGGCAAUAUGCUGAGGGUCUUCUGUGUAUACGAAAGAAAAUUUAAAGAUAAAAUAUCAGGUUCAGGGUCAUCGUCAUUGUCAUAACUACAUGAAGGAUCCGGUGAUUAAAAUUGCCGAUAGAUAGUGAUCUCCUUGAUCGAGCUGCCAUUAAAAUAGUAAUUACCGAUGGAUUCGCUCGAUCGGCCGAAUUCACAUGUAAAUUCAUUAAGUGUCCGCGCGUAACGUAUUAAGUCAUAUUAAAAAAAAAAAUCGUCAUAAGGUACCGACAUUCCAUCCGUAACGGUGUCCGAUCCUUAUUGGUGUAAAAUAGGACUUUGAAAAAAAAAAUGUGAAAAGCAACCAAUGGGAGAUCGGUACCAAUUAUUUCCGCGCGGCAAAUUUAAAGAGUCACGCGUAGUUCGCGAGGACACUUCACUUGAAUUAUUUAAUUAAUAAAUCGAGAACAACAUGCCGUUAAAGCGUUUACGUUAUUAAUUAACGAAAAUUAGUUACACGUUAUGUUAUCGUCGAGAGGUAUUUCGAACUUUGUAAAUAAUGUAAAUAGGGCUUUGUACAUGUUGAAUACUUGUAAUGUAAAUGAAAGAAGAAGAGAAGGGAAGAAAAAGAAACCGCGUAAUAAGUGAUGUGAAGAAUCUAAAAAAAAUAAGCAAGUUACUAGUAAGUAGUGAAAGGGACGAACAAUUAAUGUGACGACAAACGUUUAAGGUUUAACUUAAGUCCUAAGUAUAAUAGGUAUGUAAAUAAAUUAAGCGAGGAAGUAAAAUAUUAAAACCCAAGUAAUCGUCGGAUAUUUAUAAUGAACUCCACUAAAGUAGCGAACGGCGAGGAAAGAAAGAUUUAAAAAAAAUUGACUCAAAGUAAAACCGUGCAUCGGUCGAACGUCAUUUUUGAAAUUGAUAUGUGCAGCAUUAAUCGGAUGGACAGAUAUACAUUGCAUGUUUUAUCUUUAGCCGUUUUAUAAAGUAAUACUCCUACUCCCUCGCAAUUUCACCUUGGAAAAUCUGACAAUGCUAUUCUUCUUCUUAUUGUCACACUUGUCUAUACUGUCCAAUCGAAAUGUUUGUUUAUAUUGUCGUAAUAAUGUUUCCUAACAUUUUUUGGCCAUCACUUGGGAACGUUAAAACACAUAGAUAAGGCCAUUAAAGUUCCAAGCCACGUUUUGGCGUAAGUUAAAAUUUCCCCGUGAUUUUAUAAUUUCGGCGUGAUUUUUUUGUUCGUAGCAUUUAGACUGAAAAACAUUAUAUUUGAUUUUUUUUUUAUUUUUGUCUCAUCUGAGCAAGAUUCAGGUUAUUCUUACAAUACGUAAAUAAAGUUACAUUUGUACUGUGCA